AUAAAAGGCCAGAACACUGAGCAGCAGCAGGUCAUUCAGCAUCCCCCUUACAUUUGGUCCUUUGAGCUAGAGAGUAAACCAUCCUAACAGGCUCCCCUGACCAACCAAUCAAAAUUGUUCCAGCCUUAAGAGGUUUGAGACUGAAAUAAGCAGCAGCAGGAUCAGGCUCAGCGCAGAGGAAACAUGGCAGACUGCCUGAGUAAAGUCCCAGACGUGGAAAUCGACCCGGAGGGCAAAUUUAAAUAUAUUUUAGUGCGAAUAAAGGUUAAAGGUGGAACCGAACACAAAGACAUAGUGAGAGGCACAAAGAGUGCUGAGUACCACAAUAAUAUUUUUGAAAAGUUGAGCCCUGCUAUGGACACUCUAGGCCUGGAGUGUACCUGCCUUGGUGGAGGAAAGAUAGAGCAUGACAGCACCAAGAAGAAACUAAGAGUGUUUGGAGAGUCUACAGGCUAUGGAAAGGCUGACCAUGCGGUCACAGUGGGUAAACUGGAAGCUGUCUUCAAAGACUACGAGAUCACGAUGGAAUGAAAAGAAAGGCAACAAAAAAGACAGCAAAAAGUAUUUUUUUAGGCAUCGUAUCUGUUUAACAUCAGUGUGCAAAUUUCCAACUUUAUUAUUCUCAACAAUAUUUGUUUCUGUGGGGAAACAAAAUGAUUAUUAGCAUGAGACCAAUAAAGACUGGCUCUGUCUUCAGUCCUCAGGGACUUAAACAAUGUGUUGAAGUUCAUAAAGGAAGUGAGUGUGCGUUGAAAAACAAAUCCUGGCUCCAUGGCAGAAUGUGUGUCUACAUGGGGGACAGGAAAAGUACAAAUGACACACGUUGGCAUCAAUUUUGUGUCACUUUUUCUUUUUAAUUUCCGAAUAUUUCUUAUCAAAUAAAUGUGGUAGAUUCCA